UCACGGGCCAUGAGGUCCCUGUCAACCAAUCAGUGUCCUGCAAGGGCAGGCGCAGGCUGUUUACGUAGUUGCUUGGUGCCGGAAGAACAACGCGGCCAGGUUUUGCUGCUAGCAGGAGUUGUAGAGCGUACAGCGGUGAUAUAUGCGGGUUUUUGCUGGGGCUGGCUGCUGAGAUAUGAUCGAGCAAAACAAAAGGAAGGGCUUAGAGCUGGUCCCCCUCCCGGCUAAGAAGCCGCGCAAUGAGCUGGUGGCGACGGGUCCACCAAGAUCAUCCAGUCUGCAAGCUCCAAUCAUGCUAUUGUCUGGACAUGAAGGAGAAGUUUACUGCUGCAAGUUUCAUCCCAAUGGACUCACCUUGGCAUCUUCAGGGUUUGACAGACUUAUUCUUCUCUGGAAUGUAUAUGGAGACUGUGAUAAUUAUGCAACUUUAAAGGGGCACAGCGGUGCUGUGAUGGAGUUGCACUACAAUACAGAUGGCAGCUUGCUCUUCUCUGCUUCAACUGAUAAAACUGUUGCAAUUUGGGACUGUGAAACCGGAGAGAGAGUGAAGCGACUGAAGGGGCACACAUCAUUUGUCAAUUCUUGUUACCCAGCCAGACGGGGGCCACAGCUAAUCUGUACAGGCAGUGACGAUGGGACAGUGAAGCUCUGGGACUUCAGGAAAAAAGCGGCAGUGCAGACCUUCCAAAAUACGUACCAGGUAUUGUCUGUCACUUUCAAUGACACCAGUGACCAGAUCAUCUCAGGGGGAAUAGAUAAUGACAUAAAGGUUUGGGAUUUGAGGCAGAACAAGUUGAUGUACACGAUGAGGGGACAUGGGGACUCUGUGACAGGUCUCAGCCUCAGUUCUGAAGGCUCUUACCUUCUCUCAAAUGCUAUGGAUAAUACAGUUCGUGUGUGGGAUGUCCGUCCGUUUGCCCCAAAGGAAAGAUGUGUAAAGAUAUUCCAAGGGAAUGUUCACAAUUUUGAAAAGAAUUUAUUACGUUGUUCGUGGUCUUCUGAUGGUAGCAAAAUAGCAGCAGGAUCAGCAGACAGAUUUGUGUAUGUGUGGGACACCACAUCCCGCAGGAUUCUCUACAAACUGCCUGGCCAUGCAGGCUCAGUCAAUGAGGUGGUAUUCCACCCUGAAGAGGCCAUUGUUCUUUCUGCGUCGAGUGACAAAAGACUGUACAUGGGGGAAAUCCAGUGAUCACACCAUUUUGUUUUAGAACGACUUUCAUAACUGUGUCCUUCUCAGAUGGAGAACUAGUUACCAGAGCCAUAACUUUACUAGCUCCAGCCCGUGGUGACUUUUUUUAUUUUAUUUCCUUGUCUUCGUGGCUCCCUGAUUUCUACAAAGAAAACGUACAAGAACUAAGUUUGUGGGUUUUUUUGUUUGUUUUUAAAAAUAUAAAAACAAAUUGUGUAUAUUGGGGGGGGGGGAAAUUCCACUUGGUUUUAUCAAUAUACCCAUACCCCAACCACCUAAUAAUGUUAACCUAUUUUGUUUAUGAAUUACUGGUACAAGCAGUGUUUACCUCAUAUUUGAGGUGUUUUUACUAUAUAUUUUUUUUUUUUGCAAGAUAAACGGUCUUAUUAUA